AUGGACAGCAAACCGCUGCUGCAGGAGCGGCCCCCCUACAGCCCCGCCGCGCCGGGCGCGCCGGGCUACGACUACGGGCACGGCAACUACGGAGCCAUCCCCGCCCCGCAGCCCGGCUAGCCGCCCCCGCCGUACUCCUACCCGGGCGCCGCGGCCGCCCCAGGGUAUGCUGUUCCUCCACCGACAUCACAGCCAAACUAUUCGAGCACGUACACCAUCAUCCAGCAGCCUGCCACCACCACUUCUGUAGUAGUAGUUGGUGGCUGUCCUGCCUGCAGGGUUGGCGUGUUGGAGGACACCUUCACCUGUCUUGGUGUUUUGUGUGCCAUUGUAUUCUUUCCAAUUGGGAUUCUGUUCUGCCUUGCACUGAGGCAGAGAAGAUGCCCCAACUGUGGGGCAGCUUUUGGCUGAGGGGCUGAAUGUGGACGUGCUUACUGAAGCUACAACUGUUAGCAUACUCUUUCUAAUGUAAAUGUCAUGUACAAUCAUUUUAUUUGCUUCAGACCUGUUUUGUAAAGUGUGAAGGAAUUUAGUCUCUUGCAUGUAAUUUAAACUUAAUCUUUUAUGAGCAUGUGCAUUGCAAAACAUGAAAACCUGACUUGUUUUCCAUGUUUAGUGGCACCUGUUGAAAACUAAAUAAAACUGCUUUUCCUUUUGCAA